CCUUUUUUGUAUUGAUUUUUUAAAACCUCAAAAUGUCUCCCAAAAUACAUUUUCACAUCUUCGCCAGCAAACAAACCCUUUUUCUCGAGCUGUUGAAAAUUUUCUCGUCAUUCAAAAGUAGUAUGCAUCGAGCAUCGUUAAUAAACUUUGGUUUUCUUCCUUCAUUGAACGACUUUUUUGAAAAUAGCUGCACUCUUGUUCAUGUUGCACCCUUGCAUAUAUCACUGCUUUGACUUCAUAGUUCCACCACCAAAGUAUGUUUGUUACCUUUAUCUCCAUAAAAAAUUCUGUAAGUUAAAGACGGUGUUGUUGGGCGAUCGCUUCUCCCAAUAUCACUUUGCAAUUUUUCACUAGGGACUUCAUGAAGAUAGAUACAAAAUGCGAUUCGAUCUGAGUUUCAUUUCCACCACUACUAUAACUGUAAGGGUAUUGACUUUGUUUGAUGAUUGAUGAACAUAGUAUUUUACAUACAAUACCAUAAACCUGCACAUGCUUAGAAUUCUUAGCACCUUCGGUGCUAAAAAAAAUUCAAACUUAAAUAGUCAACCUACAUAAUGCUCCAAAAGAAGCGAUCUGCACAAUCUGGUCACUCUGAAACUGUUUAUUUGCUUUCAUUUACUCAGAUAUUUCCAACGGAAGAUAGUAUUCAAGUUGAAACAAAUUACUACAUCCUAUCAUGGGGAAAAACAUAAAAGCUAAAUAUCACUUUCAUUGUCUUAUCAAACCUAACUGGCAAAGUAUGGUAUUUACUCAGCAAGUCUCAGUUAUUUCUAACCCACUGAAGAAUGGAACGUUCAUUAGUAACUAAUUAUACUCCAACUAAAUUUCAAAAAAUUGAAUUUUUCCUCGGCAUAAUCAAUCGAAUGUUAAUCGGUUUCGUUACAAUCUACGUGACUUUCUUGAGCCUGAGAAGUCUCAAAAAUGGAGAUGUUCCAUGGCACGCAUUAUUAUGCACAAUUGGAUUUAAAUUACUUAUGACGGAAGGGAUAUUGAGCUAUUACAAAGGCAACUCGACAACAUACAACUGGUUUCGAAGAGAAAAAGUUAUCCUGCACAUUACUCUGCAAUUGCUAGGAUCACUUUUUGGAAUUACAGGGAUGAUAUUUCGCAUGACCAUAGAUAAAUUUCAUUUUACAACAUUACACGGAAAGCUUGGUCUCGUUGCUUUUGUUCUUUGUUUGAUUAGUUUACUUUGUGGUUUGAGUGCUCUCUACUCGACAAGAAUGAAAAAAUAUUUACAACCAUUUUUUAGUAAAACUAUUCAUGGACUUUUGGGAAUAUUAACCUAUGCAGUAGGCAUUGUUUGCUUAAUUUACGGAUAUGAUACAAAUGUUUUCGGCUUGAUGUCACAAUUGGAAGGUGAUUCAUUAAAAAGUACAAUUCUUAUCCUAAAACUAGCAACUAUUGGAAGUUUAAUUAUAACAAUUUAUGGACCCUUGGGAACAGCUAUUUAUAAAUUAUGGAACUAUUUAAGAUGA